AUGCAACAUCCAUUCCGCUAUUUGCAUAUUAUGUUAUCCUACCCGCUGAUUACCGUCGUCGUUUUCCUUCUGAAUUUUGCGGAUUCUGAAGAUCAGUAUCCGAGUCCCAGCAGCUUAUUUGAUGUUAAUAAGCCUAUCAUUUUCGAUAAGAAGUCGGCCGAUAAAGUGAGCUUUAUCUGUUUAAACUAAUAUAACUUUAUCAUCAAGGCAACUUUAAUACAUUUUAUAGUUUUUGAGAUGUGUAAUUGUGUUUAAUGGUGUCAUGUGAUGAAUAAACCAUAUUUAGGUACAAACCCGCCAACGUCGUCAAGGAUAUGUAGUAAGUAGAUCAUAACGCUUUUACCACUAACCAGGUUCUUGAGCAAGGAGAUUUAGAUACCUACCAAGAAGAUAGUCCCGCAAGCUCACUAGGUCAGCUAAUACCGCCAUCGCCGGCUUUCCGCUUUCACCCGCCUAACCACGACCUUCCUCAAGACAUAAUUGAGGAUCUGAACGAUCUCAUAAACAAUAACACUAACGAUACUAACAUAAGCAACAACAGUAACGCUAACAGUAGGGAGCCUGAUACGGUACCCAGUUGUGAAAAUACGGUAACUUUAAGCGUCCUCCUCAAAACAACUUUGCACCACAAAGAGGACCAUUGACACCAGUACCAGACUUUAAUCCCCCUAGUUCUGUACUAUCCACUUCUAAUGUCCAGUUCCAACAAACUGCACCAUCGGCACCACGUGUCUUACCUUCUAAUCAGUUUAAUUCAUUGAACACUGCACCACCUGGUAAGAUACCACCUAAUAUAAAUGCACCAAACCUUCUAAGGCCUGCACCAAGGUUCAAUGUAAGAUUUUGCACCAUUUCUUUAUGACAUAUUUUACAAUGUUUUGAUACUUUACUUUCCAAUUUCUGUUUUAACUUGACUGCAACACCUUUAUCUUUUAUGCACAUUUCUCUUUACUGUAUAAUUCACAAUGCCGUGAUUACUGUAGUUUGUUGUAGACACAAGCAGAGCAGCCACAACGUAACAUGCGCACACGACCACUCAAUUGGGUAACUUAUCCUUAACAGUUCUAACUUUACAUUCAGCCAGCUUUCAAAGCCAGUAACCCUCACCAGUCAGCUACAGCCAGUCGAGGGCCUCUCAUACCCAAAGUGAACGCGUUCAACGGGGUAAUCGCACUUACUCGUAACUUACACCUACUCUGUAAUUAACUUUCUCUUUUCCUCUUAAGCACAAAGUUACAGGCGCCUCUCCUAUCUCCGCAGCCACCAUCUCCAUCGGGUGGUACUGAUGAUGCCCAUCCGUAUUACUUCCCUCCAAGAAUGGCAUUACCCUUACCUACGUGUUUCCACAACCCCACUGGAUAUGCUUGUUGUAAGUUAAAACUGCAUAAAUUCAUUGAACUUAAACUAUAGUCUAUAAAACUUUUAUUUGUCCUAAAUUCUAAAAAUCACAAGUCUUAUUUUCAUUUUAGGUAACGCACAACUGAACGAUCUGAUAGUAGAAACUUAUACAGAGCUCGAGACAAAACCAAAGUUCCAUAUUUGUAAUAUUAAUGCCAUAGCCAACCAAAUACAAAAGAAAGCCGAAGAAAGGUAUGAAACUAACAAAUGUGUAAUUGAGCCUCAAAAUCUCAUAAAAAUUGUAAAAUACGACUUGAAACAAUUUUAGAUUCAACACAACCUUCGAAACGAUCGCCGCCUUCGAAGACUUUGCCCAGAAAAUACAUUUCCACAGCGAUCUCGUGUGCAAAGUAGAGUUGGGGGGAAAGUAAGUCAACAUACCCACCAACCAACGCCUUUCAGAUUCAUGUUAGCUUACGGUACCGUGAAGAACGUAGCUGACAAGCUAGAACCCGAACCCUCACACAUAGUGAAACGAGAAGUGUUCGGCCCAGAAGAAGAACCGAUGCCUGCUCCGAAACCGACGUAUCACACAAUAUUGAUAUGA